AUGCACACACCCGCAGACCUCCCUGUUUCGCCGUCCGUAAAGAAUGAAAACGAUACGUCGCUCUCCUCGGACAUCAUCAGUGACAUUGUUCCCACCGACGAGAAAAAUGUAUCUGCGGAGCAGGUCGCUGCCUCGCAGAUGCAAGCUCUAGUGCAACAGGAUCAGCAGCACGCGUCGCAGCACGGGAAAGUAAGAAGAGGUGAACAAAAACAAAAACAGCAACUCUACCAAGCGAACCAGCACUACAGGAGUCUCCUCCUCUACGGGCGACAAGAAAAAAGACAAACAGCCUUGGGUGCAGAAGGACAAAAUCGGAGAAAAGAACCAGUCCUCCGCCGCCGCCGGCAGCACGCGGAGACUCAACAAGAGAGGAGCAGAAGACGUGAACGACAGAAGAAUUAAGAAUAACAACUCUGAAACACGGCGUGGAGGUGGUCGGGGGCGUAGCUUUUCGCGCCGACACUCUGGGCGACUUCACUGCAAAAAUCCAGCAUCAAAUCUUCAUCUCAUCAGAAUUUUGAUUGUUCUACGGUUUCUUUCAGUUCUAAUUGCACCGCAGCGCGGUCUUCAUCUCGUACUACGAAAAGACGCGAAACCCUGCCCCAUCUGCGAAAACGACUAAUCCUUGAAGCACGGCCCGUUUCUAGCCGUCGCCCGGAAUCAAGUUUUGUGCCCACGCUGCAAAGUCAGUGUGGGGAAAAAGUUUUUCAACUGCGAAAAGAGCCACCAGGCAAUAGUUCGAAAGGGGCUACGUUUUAAACAGUCAGACUGCAACCGGAAGGAGCUAGCCAAAGAGCUAGCACGGAGCAUUUUGCUCUGCAGAGAAAUCAUUUCGAAAGUCGAAUAGUAAUUCCGUCCAAAAUCUUCUUCUUCAUCUCCAAAACCAAAAGCAAGCGAAACAGCUAGCACUACUGGUGUUCACAGAACGCCGCGGCGGCCAUCUAGGCAAAUGGCUGCUGUUCAAA